AUGAGUUUGGGCUAUAGUUUCGACGAUGCAGAGGCUUUUCUGUCGUCGCUGAAUACGGAGCGGCCAGGGUCUGAAUCGUCCAACCUGUCUACCCUGCUCGACUUUGAGAACUCUUCAGGCUUGGACGAGUACACAAAAACCGAUAUCAAAAUUGAGGACGAAAUCAAUGACUGGAUAGAUUACGGUGCCCUUCAGCAAAAAUAUGUGCCGCAGACGACCGACGACACACCGGAAUCUAAUAAUGAGUCUAUGCCCAUGGUUUCGCCGCCGGACUCGUCUACUUCCAUGUCCGAAACGUCGUCCAUCAACGCUAAACGGGCAACGACAAAUUCGAAGAUCACCAAGGUGAAGAAAGAGAGACACUCGCACAAUGUGGUGGAGAAAAAGUACCGGAUGAACAUUAACAACAAGAUUCUGGAGCUCCGGAACGCUGUGCCGUCGCUUCGGGCCGCAUCAGGGGACAAGCGAAUAGCACCCCAGGACCUGGACGGACUUUCGCCCGCGUUGAAGCUGAAUAAGGCCAACAUUCUCGCAAAGGCGACCGAAUACAUCCGCCAUCUGGAGUCCAAAAAUGCGUAUUUAAUGAACGAGAUCCACAUGCUGCGCUCUAGUCUUGACAGCCAGAUGGCAAACAGUUAUAGCCAGCAAACACAAUAUUUCAGUCCGGAAAUGCAACCACAGCCCCAGCAAAGUCAGUAUCCUGACCAGAAUCAAGAAUAUGUGAUGAAUUCAUCCUCCGUUCCUGUGAGCUCCAAACUGCUUAUGGGAGGCAUGACAGCUAUGGUUGGAACACAGUUGUUUGAUGGCUUCAGCGACGAGAGUUUCAAAGGACUGUUUUUGGUGCCGUUGCAUCGGAUUUUCCCUAUUCUUGGUUCUCCUCAAGCGUCUGUGGCGCUCAAUUACCUGCGGACGCUACUUUUCUUUGGUGGACUUUUCUUGCUGUUGCAACCUCUGUACCAAUUUUUCACGACUCCUAAGGAAAAGGCUCCGGCUCCACUACGAACGGCAUUUGACGUUAGUUUGUGGGAGCUGGCGCUAGAUUCGCUGAAGAUGCUGGGAGUUAAACUCAGACUUCUCAAGCUCGACUUAACAGAAGAAUUGAAUGGCAUCAAAUCGUUGAAUUUGUACUUUGAAAAAUGGCUCGUCAACACGCUCUCGAACCAGGAAACAAUGUCCUACAGCACUAUCUGGAGGCCGUUUUUCAAGUACUAUAUUCAGUCGCUUGGUAUCGAUGGCCGUAUCAAUGAGGUUGUCAAGUCCGAUGCAACUAUCCAGUUCCACUUCAAUAGAUUAAUUGUUUCAAAAAUGGUGAUGACGAAAGUGGGAGAACCCCUGAGCACCUUUCUUGGGCUCCAGCGUAUACUGGACAGUUUGAUGCUAGGAAUGGUGAAAGACCUCAAGCAAAUCAAAGAUACAACUAAGUUCUCUGACGAAACCACCCGCAUAUUCAAAUUCGUAAGUAACGAUAUCGCAUUUUUGGAUAGCGCAGAACUCUUUGAAAAACUGAGCGAUGUGCUGAAAUGGAGAGAAACCAACAACAACGGCUCUUACAUUGAGGAGUUCCUCAGGAAUUCUGAGGACUCCGAUCUUUCCUUAAUCAAUCUGAUUUGUGCUAUUCGCUCUUCCCAAAUUCUGAACAACCUCAUGAAAGAAUACCUGUCCCAACUGGCAGAAUCUACAAGCGAGAGUGAGGACUCAGGCGGGGCCCAAGUGGAUGCAGAUACAAUUUAUGACAAAAUCAAUUCUGACAGUCUCAUGAUACCGCCCGCUUGUGUCAAGCUUCAAAGACUAAGAAUUGUACUGAACAGCUUGCUGAAACCAACAGCUGAGAACUCCAGACAAACUCUGGAGGUAGUCAUCAGCGCUGUGAAGGACGUCGUUGAGUUUAGCGAGGCAAUUGAGCAGAUCGAGCCUUUGCAACAGGAGGAUUCUGGUGUUGAAGAUCCGACAAUCUCAAAAAUUCUGCAGUUCGCGCACCAGCCGCUGCGCCCGUCUAAACUCACUAACGACGAGACAAGGCUUACGAUUACUUGUGUACUGAUGCUCUACUUCUUUGAAAACGGCCAGGCGAGCCAGGCGUGCCGUCUAGUGCGCUUCUUGAGCCUUUCUCAGUCGACGGAGACGGUUUCGUUGCUGACGUUAAUCAGCGUCUUGCGAGCUGUGGGUGCUUUGAUUGACCACCUCGACUUGCUGGAAGGGGAUUCCCACAGCAGGCAGACUGCAGGGUCGCUGGUUGCUUUCUUGCGGUUGCACGUCGGCUCGACAACGAAACCAUCCUUGGCCUCAAAAUCCGCGGCAGAUAGCUCCUAUCAUCAGCUAGUGGACGACGCCAUCGACUACGAGGUGCGAGACUUAGAUGUGGAACUGAAGAGUGACGUCAGUCACAAGCUGGUCUGUCUGGGCAGACAACUUCUCGGGGACACCGAGAUCUGA